CCCGGCGUCACAUCCGGCACACUGGUAACUUCUGGCAAGUACCGGAGCUUCAACUAGGAAGUCGUUUGCGUUUUAUUUGAUUAAAAGAAACGGCUACAUACACUGGACAAGUCAAAAGAAUAGUGUGGCCCUGUCAGGAUACAGAAACACAAUGGACGAGCAAACUGCAGAGAUAGAAGUCACAGUGAAAACAUUAGACUCCCAGAGCAGAAGCUACACUGUCGGGGCUCAGUUGACAGUAAAGCAGUUUAAGGAGCACAUUGCGCACUCAGUGGGAAUCCCUGUAGACAAACAAAGGCUGAUUUACCAGGGCAGGGUCCUGCAGGAUGAGAGGACUCUGGCAGACUACAAUGUGGGUGGUAAAGUGAUACAUCUUGUAGAGCGGGCGCCCCCUCCACCCUCUCAGCCUGGCUCCGGCUCAGGAGGUUCUUCAGCUGACAGUGGUCCGUCCCCGUCCUCCCAGGGAACAUCCCAAGUGCCUCCACACGAUCGGAAUGCAAACAGCUAUGUAAUGCUUGGCACUGUUAACCUUCCAGUCAACAUUAUGGACCCCCAGCAGAUACAGAUGUCAGUUCAGCAGAUGGUUUCUGCUAUGGGAGAGAAUGCAAGGAACGCCAGAAUUACAACCAGCACUGGGAGUAACGGAUCUGUGAAUGUUCACAUUGAUAUGGACCAGCCAGUGCAGAGCGAGCCCAGGCUGAGGCUGGUUUUAGCAGAGAAUCUACUGCGAGACGUCAAUGAUGUUAUUCACAGAAUGGAGGCUCGACCAAGCGAUUCAUCCUCUCACGCAGAAACCACUUCUGCUGCUCCACCUCCUCCCUCAUCAUCUUCUACGACCUCCACUCCGUCUCCUUGUGCCCAGCCCAUGGACACCUCCCCACCUCCGACAACUCCCCCACCUGCACCUACCUCUUCAGCACAUUCUGAGGGACCAACUCCCCAACCUGGACCCAAUCAUCCCAGUCCAGCUGAGCUGGCAGAGAUGUUAACUGAGCUGCGCAGAGUGGAGGAGAGACUGCAGCCCUUCAUCCAGAGAGCUCACACCAUCCUGGAAACAGCCACUACUGCAGAAUACAACAACAACCCAGAGAGAGAGGAGGACCAGCAAACUCUUGUUCUGACAUGGGAGUGUCUGCGUCUCCUUGGCAACGCUCUGGUUGCCCUCAGCGAUCUGCGAUUGAACCUCAUGAGCCCAGUGCCGCGUCACCUACAUGUGGUCCGGCCAUUUUCCCACUAUGCCACCCCAGUCAGUCUUCCUGGAGCUGUGCACCACCACAUCCCUGUUCAGAUGAACCUAGGUGCCACAGUGACUGUUGCGGCUAACAGCACUGAGGGACAAGCACCACCUACUCAGUUGGCAAGCCAGCCCGAGCAGGCAGGUCAGGGACAGACCUCCCCCCCACAGACUUCCCCGUCCAAUCAGCAGGCUGGGCAGGGACAGGCUGGCCCCCGGGUCAUCAGGAUCAGCCACCAGGCAGUCCCGGUGGUCAUGAUGCAGAUGAACGCGGAUGGCCCGGGUGUAAACUCUGCAGCAGCUGGCCAGCAAAUUCCUGGACAACCAGGUGCACUUCCCCCCGACUUCAUGCGCAACCUCAUGCAGCAGAUCAGCCAGUACGCUGCUGCUGUAGCUACGAGUGCUGCCACCGCUGCUGCCACCGGCCAACCGGCCCCACCCCAGGCCCCUCCUUCUGGCUACAGCUCAACGGCCAAUUCCUCAACCACCACGACUGGUCCUAACACACCCACCACAACCCCCACUGCUCCCCCACCCCCUCCUCAUACCGGCCCCCAACCCCAGACAAGAGUCGUGUUCAGCCGGCCACCAUUUGCCCCCAACAUGGCACCUCCACCGUUCGGCACCCGGGGAACUACCAUCAAUGUAAGGGCUGCCAUGCCGGGCCAGCAGCAAGGACAGGCUUUUAACCCUGCGGCUCUUAACCAGAUGAUUAGUGGGCUGGUUGGACAGCUCCUGCUUCCAGGACAAAUGGCCGGUCAAACAGUCACAUCCUCCUCAUCCACAUCCUCCUCUUCUUCGUCCUCCUUUUCCUCUUCAUCUCAGACCUCCUCCUCAUCUUCUACCUCUUCUUUUUCUUUCUCUACUUCAAGUCCAACACCUCCACCUACUGCAAACACUACUAGUUCACCAAACCAACCUGAGCCUCAUGCCAGUGAGCCCCAAUCCCAGGAGCUGCCCCCAGACCUGAGCCAACUCCUGGGUUCUCUCCUGGGGGUGGCUGGUGCGGGCCCUGGAGGAGCCCCUUCCAUCACAGUCACCACGUCUGGAGUCCCAGCGUUCAUUCAGGGAGUGAGUGAAUUCAUGCAGCAGGCCCAGCCAAUCUUCUCUCCACCCCAACCUCCCUCUGGUACCACUACAAAUGAAGCAGCCGGUCCAACUCCCCAUGGCCCUGCAGCAGCCGAAGCCCUCAACCCAGAACUGUUCACAGGCAUCGUCCGUGGUGUCCUGAGCACCAUGAUGGGCUCUCUGGGCCAGGCCCAGAAUGACACAGAGAGCAUUGCCCAGUUCAUGCAGAGGCUGUCCCAAGCAACCAAUAUCUUCAUUAGUCCCGAAGAUCCUACCGGGUUUUUUGGAGAGCUGCUGAUGUUGGUAUGCCAAACAUUCACCAUGUCAGACCUGGUGAUGCUGCUUCAUGGCCAGCAUCAGCCACUGGGUCGUAUUCAGCCUCAGCUGUCCCAGUUCUUCACACAGAACUACCUCAAUGGCAGAGAGCCCACAGACCAGAACAUUGCUGAUGCUGCAAACAGUCUUGUUGAUGAACUGGAGGAGUACAUCACUGAGAGCUUUCGAGAGUCUUCUGUCACGGUGUUGGAAGGUGUCGAUAUUACUCAGACCAACAUGUCAUUCUUCAGACAGCAGCUAACUCACAUCGCCACACACAUUCUGCGCUGCACGGAUGAUUCGUUUGGGCCUCGGCUGCUGCAGAUGUGUAACCAGGCACUGUUUGAAUGUCUUGCUCUGAACCUCCAUUGCCUGGGAGGAGACCAGAGGGCUCUGACUGCAGUCAUCAACCACCGAAUACGGAGAAUGUCUAGCGACAUCAGCCCCAGUCUGGUGAACUGGGUGACCAGCAUGAUGACGAUGAGGCUGCAAGUCAUUCUGGAGCACGUUCCAGUCUCCCAGGAGCAAAUCCAGAACUACAUAGUCCACACGCAGAGAGAUCAGUCUUCUGCAACUGGCACACAAGAGCUUGAACAAGCACAAAGUGCAGCGAUCGGGGACACCCUGUCACCAGCCGCAGCCACCACCGCAGAAGAGGCCAUGUCUGUGUCACACGAUACAAGGGCUUCGUCACGGGACACGAGGGUGGUGCCUGGGGACCUGGGAGCCACAGGAGGAGCCGCACCGUUGGGUGGCAAUAGAGCAGCAGCAGGAGCUGAGGGAGGGAGUGAGGAGUCAGAGACCUGGGCGGCUGCUGUCCCCCCUGAAUGGGUGCCCAUCAUCAGGUGUGAUAUGAUCACCCAGAGGAAAAUGAAGGCUCAGCCUCCGUUGUCAGAUGCCUAUUUGCAUGGCAUGCCAGCGAAACGUAGAAAGACGGGACAGGGAAGUGGAAGCCUCCUCUCCCUUUCAGAUGCAGUGAGCCAGGCAGCCAGGACAGCAGGAGUGAGGCCCAUCACUUCUGCUGAGCGAUUACAAGAUGACCUUGAAACUCAGGAGCUGAAGGAAGCGUAUUCAGAACAGGUUAAAUCAGACAUCAAGAAACGUGUGAGGGACGACCAGGAUUUCAGCUCUCAGCAGUUCCCCAACACGCACAGAGCCUUCUCUCCAGACUCGUGAUCAUGUUCAGCUCAUUAUCAAGCGGCAGUUUUCUCAUUAUCGUUUUCUUCCUCCCUUCCAUCCAGCUGUCGCUCAAUGCGGCGUCUAGACUACAUGGAGAAUGCUAAUGUGUCCCUGUGCCUAUUUAUUGCUUUUUUUCCUUUGAGCCUGCUUUUGCUGAAAGAAUACUACUCAUAAAAACACAUUAAAUUUACAAUUGACUAAGAUCUGCUCACAUUAAUUCUGUUCAGAUACAUGCGUAUGUCUGUAUUUCUUUUGUCUUUUUAUCCUCGUCUUGCUUCGUUUAUAUGAUCCUGAGUUCUAACCAUAUUAUUUUUACUCUGUCUUCUCCAAAUUCUUUAGUCUGCUUCAUUAUGGACGUGCGGUUUGGUACAAGAAUGUACAGGAAGCCUAAUAAAAAUGUUAAACUAAAAAAAAUAAUUUUGACUCUGGGUAAUGUCUGAAAAGGGUUUAAAAGUAAACUAAGGUAAAUUAAAAUGGCUGAAAAAUUACAAAAACUAAGAGUAGCUACAGAUUGUUGUAUUUAUGUAUAUCCAUCAGACUUUUAAUUGGUUUGUACACUAAGAAAUUAAUGUAAAAUGUUAAUAAAAAUGCUUCAGACAAA